AUGGCCGCCUUGACUCCCGUUGCUGUGACACUUUCUGAGGACAAAGUACCGACUAAAGAGAAUGUACGGGACAUUAUCGGCACCUUCUUGGCUGAAGAAUGGCCAUCUGUGGAUCCAGAGACCUUAACCAUGUUAUACCAUGCAUCGUUUGCCAACGCCCACUGUCCUGUGGAGCGAUCGAAGCCUGCUGCUGGUACACCUACUGAGCCCUUGAAGGUGUUCAUCAAAUUUCAUAAUGACACCGGGGGCAGCCUCGAAAUCUUCAAGCCUCUGGCACCAACAAAGCAUGAGGAAGCACUUCUCUGCUAUGAGUACGGUAAGACUGGACUAGGACCUAAAGUCUAUGGAUUCUUCAAGACACGGGAUGGCACACUCGGUAGAAUCGAUGAGUUCCUGGACGCACGUAACAUGGAACCAGAGGAUGUUGAGAAUUCGGCUAUUCGAGCGGAUGUUGCUAAAGCACUGGCAACGUUUCAUGUUUUGCAGACAUCACUAGAGAAAAAGGCUGUGAAAUCAUACUACGAAGCUGUCAUCAGCGGACUCAAGAAUUACCACAUGAUGGACAAGUUGAAGGCGCUUGGGAAGGAAGGAGGGGUCACUAUCGACAAACUAGUUGAGUAUGACUUUGGGAGGCGGCUGAGAAGUGUGGUGGACAAGCUGGAAUCCAUAGGAGGAAAAACAGGAUGGUGUAUUCACGACAUCCAAUUCAUGAACGUGAUGGUGAAAAAUAAUCCGAAGGACGGGGAGAGUAAAGUCACCCUGAUUGACUUUGAGUUCGUGAUGCAGAACUACCGAGCAUUUGACAUUGGUGGGCACUUCAUGCAAAAGAUGUUCAAGUGGUUCGACGAGGAGAGCAAGAUAGCAGGCUGCAGGAAAUAUACCGAGGAGGAGAAAAGACACUUUUGUGACGAGUAUGCCAGACAGUGGAACAAACUUACAGGUGAUGAAGAUACCGGGGCUCAAGUAUUCCUGGAAUCCGAAUACGGAUAUCUGUUGGCCAUCACUUUUGACAUCCAUAACAUGCUUUGCUUCAUGGAUGAACAAGAUGACAAGGAUCGCUUGAAUCUGCUCGGACUAAACAAGCUGUUCGAUGAGUUUGUGGAUCAGUAUGCCAAACUAAAUUUAAAAGAUUCAUAA